AGCACAGCCAUUAUUGUGGAGCUCCCGCAUUCACUUGGUGAUACCGUAUAGAAUACGUCGAGUAUCCGCGUAUAAACCCAAUCGGGAAUGGCGCCUCUAAGGCUUUUGAUGCCUUCUCCCUUUCGUUCAUACUUCCAAACAAUGAGGUCCACAGCAAGAAAUAUAUAUCAUAUGGGGGCGCCCCAGAAGUUAGUCUUUUCAGAUUCUCUAAGCAUCAAUUCAAUCCAGUCCUCGAUAUAACAAACCAAACGUUCUAGGUCAGCUUAAAGACAAUCUCGCACUCGGAUCACACUUCAUCAACUCUACGCUGCCUCUGCCGUUCCAUUUUCCAAAAUGGCAGUCCUCGAAAGUCACAACGGAUACUACCUCUGGAAAUACAUCCCAUCAAGCGCAGCAGCCGGUAUCUUCUUAACCUUAUUCCUUUUCGCCACCGCUGCCCACGCUUACAAAGUCUGGACAACAAAAGCCAAGUUCUGCUGGGCCUUCACAAUCGGCUGUUUCUUUGAAUUCGUAGGCUACUGCGCCCGAGCCUCCGCCCACAACAAAACCGGCAAACUGAUGCCCUACAUUAUCCAAAACUUCUUCAUUCUCGUAGCCCCCGCCCUCUUCGCGGCAUCCAUCUACAUGACACUGGGACGCAUCAUCCGCUCCAUCGGCGCAGAGAAACACUCACUCGUCAAAGUCACCUGGUUGACCAAGACGUUCGUCUGUGGGGACAUCAUGUCGUUCCUGGUUCAGGGUGGGAGUGCAGGGUUGAUGUUCUCGGCUAGUACGGUGAAUAUCGGCCAGGGCAUGGUGGUGGGUGGUCUGUUUAUUCAGAUUGUCAUGUUUGGAAUCUUUGCUUUGACGGCUGUUGUUUUCCAGUCCCGUCUCCGUUCCAACCCAACGCCACAAUCGUACAGUUCCGAUAUCCCAUGGAAACAAAGCCUCAACAUGCUCUACGCAGUCAGUGCUCUAAUCAUGAUUCGCUCUAUCUUCCGCGUGAUCGAGUACUUGAUGGGGCAGAAUGGGUAUCUUCUUGGACAUGAAUGGACGCUGUAUAUCUUUGAUAGUUGUAUGAUGUUUGCUGUUACUGUUGUAUUCUACUUUAGGUAUCCGAGCGAAUUAGAGAGGGGUGCUGGGAGGGAUAGUGCCAAUGUGCAGAUGGUGCCGCAGGAAUUUUAUGCGAAGGUGUAGAUGUCUGCGAUCGGUGUGAUGUGGGCGAUGAAAAUUUGGAUUGGAGUAGCGAGAACUGGCUGACUUG